UCUAGUCAACCUAGUACCGGAAGUUCUGCUUUUGCUUUGCUGUCUUUGAUUAAUUAUCAGACUGACUCCGCUUUAGCUACACGUUAGCUCCCCAUGAACGUAGUUUUGGAAAUAUAGACUUCGUUUUGCUACAGACAUGGAGUCAAACGAUGCAGGGCGUGGAGGAUGGAAGCCCAAGCCUGUCCAGCAGCAAAAAACCAAGAUGAAUAUGUUUAUUCUUCGUCAAGAAAAGCUUAUUGCUCAGAAGAAAGAGGAGAUCGAAGCCAGAAUGGCAGAGCAAGCAAAGAUGAGUGUGCAAACCACCCCCAGGAAGACCCUACUUCCAAGUCUCCAAGGACCAUCCACCAACAAGUUUGCAAAUGAUGGAAGCUUUUUCCAACAGUUCAUGAAGCUGCAGAAGGACAAAUCCAACAAUGUGCCAGGUUCCCCCAGUGAUGCCACAUUUCCUUCAAGCUCCACUUCAUCACCAGGAGGAAACACGUCUCAAAAGAAGAGCAUUCAUGUUGGCAAGCGGCCUGGCCUUGGAGUCAGUAGCAUGCUUAAUCAGUUCAAGAACUACUCACAGUCCAAGAAAACCCCUGUUCUCAGCAAGAGGCCGAGCGUUUUCUGCUCUCCAGAUGGUGAAGAUGAAGAAGAAGAUGCUGAUUACUCCAGAUUCUUAGAGAUGAAAGUCUCUCCCCCAGAGGAUUCUGACACCAGACUUAUUAUCGACAAGAUGGCCUCGUUCGUAGCAGAGGGUGGACCUGAACUGGAGAGAAGGGCUAGAGAUGACUACAAGGACAAUCCGGUUUUUUCGUUUUUAUAUGAUAAGAGCAGUUUGGAGUAUCUCUACUUCAAAAACAGAGUUGCAGUUUUGGGAAAGGAUAUGCUAAGUCCAGAGAAUACAUCAAAUAAAGUCUCCCCCCCAGUGGAUGCGGAAACCCAGCAAGUGGCUGAGAAGCUGGCCAGGUUUGUGGCGGAGGGUGGCCCUGAGGUAGAAGACAUCGCUGCUGAGCGCAACAAAAACAACCCAGCCUUCAGUUUUUUGUAUGAUCAACAAAGUCCAGCAUACCACUUCUACAAAGAGAAACUUAAAGAGUAUCGUGCUACAACCUCCCAGAACACUUUACCUCCAGCAACAGCUGAUGUUCAGCAAACGACUGCACAACCAUCAUUAGGCACCCAGGAGCCAGACACCCCGCCUGUCAAACGGAAGAGGAAGAGCAGAUGGGGUUCUGAAGAUGACAAAGUUGUGUUACCCAUUCUCCCCAUCAUUUCUCCUUCAGAGAUUAAUAUACCAGACCCCAACACACCCUCGCUCUCUGCCCAGGAGCUCAAAGGUCUUGGAUAUAAGAAGGGGAAGCCCCACGGUCUGGUUGGAGUAACAGAGCUAUCUGACGAUCAGAAGAUACAAAUCAAAGAACAACAAGAGAUGCAAGAGAUGUACGACUUGAUUAUGAAGCAUAAGCGUACGAUGGCAGAAAUGCAGGUGAUGUGGGAGAAGGCCAUUAGGGACCACCAACAUGAAUAUGACAGUGAUGAGGAAGUGGACUACCACACGGGCACAUGGGAGCAUCGGCUAAGAAAGAUGGAAAUGGAGAAGACGCGUGAUUGGGCCGAAUCUCUAACAGAACUGGGUAAAGGGAAACACUUUAUUGGAGACUUCCUGCCACCUGAGGAGCUGGAGAAAUUUAUGGAGACUUUUAAGGCUCUCAAGGAGGGCCGAGACCCAGACUACUCGGAAUACAAAGAGUUUAAAUUGACAGUGGAGAACCUUGGUUUUCGAAUGCUGAUGAAGAUGGGCUGGAAGGAAGGUGACGGCCUCGGCAGUGACGGACAGGGAAUCAAGGCUCCUGUCAACAAGGGAUUGACCGCUCAGAAUGGAGCAGGUUUCGGAGUUGACCGUCCAGCUGAGCUAGCCAAAUCUGAUGAUGAAUACGAUGCUUUUAGAAAGAGGAUGAUGCUUGCAUACCGCUUCAGGCCAAACCCACUGAAUAAUCCACGGAGACCCUAUUACUGAUAGAGGACUGUUUGUUUAUGCUUGAUCUUGUUUAUGAUAUAAAUCUGGUUCCAGCAGUUGCCACAGUUUUAAGUUCUGAAAUAGAAACAUUUGCACAAUAUACAGUACACCAUGAUGGUAAUGAGAAUAAUAAACUGAUGUAUCACUACAUUUGAGGUUUAAUUUGGCUAAAGGAAAAUACAAAAUGUUAUCUGAAAUUAAAUGAUCACCUGUAUUGUUACAUUUAAAUUAAAUACUGUGACAACCUUGAACAUUUACUUUGUCUGAUAUCUAUGAUCAUUUUAUUCCUCUGUGCACAUGUUUGUAUGUCAAUGUGUUUGUUUUAUUCCACUGAAAAUAAGACAAUUCUGUAUUAACCUUUGAUUACUUUGACAUUAUGUGCUUCAGCAGUGUUCACAAUUAAAAAUGGCCACUUACAGUGACUGUUGUAACUAA